UGGCUUCCGUAGGUGUGUGAGUGUCUGGAGUGUGACCAGAGUGACGCGGUGUGACGCAGAAGCGCUGAACAGGCAGAACAUUUCUACUGUCAAGAUGGCGACAUCCGAGCCGAAGGCACCCGAAACUGCAGAACCACCAACUGAAAGCCAAGUCGUUGCAAAUCCUGAGCAGUAUAUCAAGCACCCCUUGCAAAACAGAUGGGCCCUGUGGUAUUUCAAAAACGACAAGAGCAAAAGCUGGACAGAGAACUUGCGUCUCAUUUCCAAGUUUGACACAGUUGAAGACUUUUGGGCAUUAUACAACCACAUACAGCAACCAAGCAAACUUGGCUUUGGCUGCGAUUAUUGUUUAUUUAAGGAUGGGAUCAAGCCAAUGUGGGAGGACGAUAGGAACAAGCUGGGGGGUCGAUGGCUGAUGACUCUCAAUAAGCAACAGAGACACAAUGACCUUGACCGCUACUGGAUGGAGACGCUCUUGUGUUUAGUCGGUGAGUCAUUUGAUGAGGCAAGUGAAGAUGUGUGUGGAGCUGUGGUCAACGUCAGACCUAAAGGUGACAAAAUAGCCAUCUGGACGAGCAACUGCCAAAACAGGGAAGCCAUCAUGACGAUAGGGCAAAAUUAUAAAGAGCGUCUGAACCUCCCCAUCAAAGCCUUGAUUGGCUACCAGUCGCAUGACGACACAUCCAGCAAGAGUGGGUCCACCACCAAGAACAUGUACUCCGUUUGAAAAACUCCACCACCCCCAUUUCAACUUGCUGUAGAUUUAAACAAUUACAGACCGCAUCAUCACAAUAAUAAUUUUGAGUUGUCAAGUGUCUUUUCCUUUUUAUUGAGAAGAGAAUUGUUCAUAGUGUAUACAGCUGGAGCUUCCUGCAACAUGAGAAACCAGUGGGGUGAUGUUUAUAAAUAGGGAGGAGGCCAGAAAGGAGUAUUUAGUUCAAAAUGUAACUGGUGAGCGAGAUAAUACAAAUUAUUUCCUUUUUAGAGUUGAAGAGUUCUGUGAUUAAUACCAGUGGCCUCCCCUAGCUUAGCUAAGAAAAAUGUUUUUUUCAGUACUUAAUAACUAAAACUAUACAGUCUUGCGUUUUUCUUAUGCUGAGUUCUCACUCAGUACAAAAACAGUUUCUCACCUCACAGGUAAAGAGGAAAGUCAUCUUAUCCUUUCACUGAACAAUUUUUAAUGGCAAUUUUAACUUGAUUUUUCCAGAAGUGUUACGCAUGAGUUGGGUUUUCAGACACACCCACUUGAAGAAUCUACAGUAUCUUAAAGGUUUGUAAAAGCUGUGGUCGCACUCCAAAGUAUAUGGUUUGGAUUUGGGGCCACUUAUUGUUUCAGCCAUGCUGGAAUUGUGGAAUAUUGCUUGUAGAACUUUUUUAACUUUUUUUCUUCCCCUUACAUUUAUUUAUAAUGUAUGCAUUGCAGUUGAAUUACUUAGUUGAAAGACGACCAUGAAAUGUUUUUUUCUUUUCUUUUUUUUUAUAUAUAUAGAGUACUGCAUAUAGAUGAAUUUUUUUUACCAUAAAGUAAAGAUGCUGAAAGAAUUAGGUGUGCUUUUCACUGUUUUCUUCCUAACAAAAACUGUAGAUAAUGUCACACUCCUCUCUUGUUUAAUGCAAAGAAAAGAUAUUCAUUGUGAAAUGAUUUUGCUGAUAAUGUAUCUUUAUCUGUAAUUCCAGGAUGUAUAUUACCUUCUUUCAAGUAAAGGUUAAGUGCUUUGCAUUAAAACCAGAA